UGGGCCGCGUGGGGCCUUAACCAGGGGACCGAGGGAAGCCACUCUGCAGGCAGCUGGUGGCCUGGGAACAGGCUCUUGGGGUGAGUCCCCCUCCUGUGCAUGCCCGCCCUUGUCUAGAGCUCCCCUCUUUCUCGCUGUCCCCAGCCAUCCCCAAGAGAUGCACGUGGCCACGGUGGCCGCAGCGGGACUCCUGCUCCUGGCCGCUGGAGGGGCAUGGGGUGCCCUCUGCUCACCCACUGUCUUCUACCGGGACUGCUGGAUCCGACGCUUCCCGGGGCUCCUCAUCGACCUGGAGGAGUCUCAGAAGCUGGGCGCCCAGUUCCUGCGGUACUACUCCGAGACCACGGGCCAGCGCUGCAGCAGGAGCUGCUGUCUCCACAAAGAUGUCUCCUGCAACGUGGCUGUCUUCCACCACGACCCAGUUCAUGACAGCAUCAACUGCCUCCAUGUCCACUGCCCCACGCUGGAGAGCUGCGUCCUGCAGCCUGCACCUGGUGCCAUCCUGUACAACAUCACAGGCGCUAUCGACCCAGAUUUGCUGGUUUUUGGCCAGUCACCACCUACAUACCUGCACACGAGAUCUUCACCUAACAGCUGGGACCGACUAAGGAUCCUCAAAGCCAUGAAUGCAGACCAACAGGAGCCCCCCAGGGCCAAGCAGAUGACACCGGCAGCUGACACUCCACCACCAACCACACCUUGGGAUUUGGCUGCAAACACAAGCAGUACCACUUAUUCCAAGGAAUUAGACACAGAGUCAUGGACACAGUUCACUUCUGUUAGCACCAAGGUCAGCGCAGGACCACCCAGCAGAGAAGACAUUGACAACAAGACCAUCCCUCCCUCCUUUGGGCCUCCACACACAGCCCUUUCCCACAUGCCUGUCCCACUCCGCAUCAACAGCAGCAAACAGUCACCUAACAAGACCAAGGGGUCUGACAGUGGGAACCACACGCCCAGCAGCGGAGAGGAGACGCCGCAGUGGGGUGCUGCCUCUGUCACCAUGUGGCGAGCCCCUGUGGCCCUGGGUAGCUCCGCCCUCUUGCUUUGCUGUUGUGCAAUCUUCCUGGCAUGUGGGUGCUGUCGUAGGCAGCAGGGGCGGUACAGACCAGGCCAGAGAAAGCCAGGACUCAGGCAAAGUGAAAAACAUAUACACUGA